GAUAACAUGCUUCAGUUUACGAUUCAUUAACAGCGGUGAGUAACGCCUAUCAAUUUAACAUUAACCACGCAUAUAAACGUAACGUCGCGACCAAGCAUUGACCUCGAUAUGGACUUCAGAUAACGUAAAUAUAUGAUUUAGCAACUUUUUAGUGCAUUUAUCAAAUCACGGAAGUUUAUAAAUUUGUAACAUUUUGUUCUAUAAUGUGUAGGGUCAUAAAAUAUACGACAGAUGUGUGCUCUGGUUGGUUUUAGGUACAUUCAUACGCGAGUUGACAGGAAAUCUGACAGCAGCUGAUUUCGCAUUGAGUGGAAUUAAUAAUGUAUCUGCUGAAUGGAAUUUAAUGUAAACAAUUUAGAAAUAAAAUAAAAAAUAUGGAAUUAUUUUACAUUACGGCAGCUGUGGGUGUGUUACUGCAGAUAUCCUUUGUGUACGGACUUCAUUCCAGUGCAUCCGCUGCAACUGAUCGGACAUAUCAUAGUCAAACAAAUCUAGGGGGUCGGACAAUGGCUAGGUUUCGUUCAAGAAUUAGGUCACCCACCCAAACAGCUAACAGAGGAAUUCCGCGGCGUGGGAGGCCGCGUUUUAUACAGAGGCACGCGUUUCAACAACCACCUGCAUUCAGGAGGAAUUACCAAACAUUACAGAAUCGUAAUGUAAUACAACCGGCUUUGUCCCAACCGAUAGCCCGUCCUCUGGUUUAUCGUCCCCCAGUUAAUUUCCAUCGAAGACCGGGUACGUUAAGACGCUUUGAUAUGAGAAAAUCCCCUUUGGUAACGCAUGCGCACGAACACAGUCACCCUUUACACGUCGUACAGCGACCAAGCAUGGCAUCAGGUAGAUCGAUAGGAGAUGGGCUGCAGCAGACCGAGAAAAACACCUUGCUAAUAUUACUGGAAGAACGUCGACCCGUAAUUCGUGACGAAAACGAUCUGCUUUUAAUUAGACAGCACCUUAUUGGAAUAGAUAUGCUAGGAUCUAAUGAUAGUUUGGACAACGAUCAGAUACUGGACAAGCAGGUUGAGUACAUAGAAAACAUACCAGAUAUAGAUAUUCAGCGUGAAGUGUUGAAGAUUUUCGUGAAGGAUAUUGUAGAAAAAAGCGGCUUUCUUAGUGAGAAUGCAUCCACUGUGCAGGAUAUUUUCUCGCUGAAAGCUCUUGUAGAUAAAAUAAGUUCUAUAACAGAUAAGUUCACUAAACUUUCUCAAAAUUUGGUCACCGAGCCCUUGGAUGUAUUAAGAGAUAUUCAGGUAAUAGACAGUGGGUUAAGCAAACCACCAACCACGACAAAUCACCCGAUAACAAGCUCGGACGAUGGUCUAAGACAAAGGAUAAUUAAUGCGUUAUCAAUUUACGAUAGAAAUGAGCAUGUUCCGCAUGCACAUGCUAAUUCGAUAAACCGAGGAUUGGAGACAUUUCAAAGCCGCCAAAGACCAGAUUUUCACCCAAGUGCAGGGAUGUCAAUAUUUGGUGAUGUAAAUACAGAAACAACAACGUUACAGUCUCAGACAACAGAAAUAAAGAGAGAUUCUGUAGUGACGGAACCACUUGGCGGAAACAACGCAUACUGGACACAUCUGCGAGCAGGUCUUGUUGAUAUGCUGUGUAAUUUAUGUCAACGACAACAGCUCGAUUCGUGCAUCGUACGUUACUGUACCAACGAUAUGAUUCGGACGGAAACUGAAACCCCAGCACCAUCUAUCUCAAUCGAAGCAGCAUAGUAUACCAGCGUCAUCUGUUUCAAUCGAAGCAACAGUUGUACAGACUUGGUGUAUACUUCAGUGUAAUAUACAUAGAGUCAAACAUAAACGUUGCUGAAAUGCCUGUUACAAUUUGCGCAUUGCCAAAAGUCAAUUUAACCAUCGGCUCCUCUAUUUCAAAAGGUAGAUAAAAGCCCCAGAUCUUUUCGUACAUUUUCAAUACAGUGUUCCGCAUACAUACUUGUGGAAGCAAAUCACCUUUGGUUUUUUUUAAAAAAAAAAAGAAAAAAAAAACCUUGCCGUUUAAAGACGGUAUGACAUUGUAGAGUUUUUGUAACAAAACUCAUUUUCGUGUUGGUGUGUACCAUACUAAAGACAGCUAGAUAGCAAUUAUUGUCGGCCAAUUUGUGUACAACAAUGACUGGGAGCAACACAUAAACUGUUUACUAAUGGAAUCUGACAUCUGUGUUGGUCAGUAAUUAAUGAUACAUGUAAUUUGUCGACGAUACUGUAUGAAAAGGCUUUGUCACCGUGAGUUUUUAAAGUGGCAAAUGAUUAAGGAGAAAACGGACAGCGUCACAAAGAAAAAUAAACGUUUACAAAUAUAUCUAUUUAUUUAUUUUACUUUUUUGUACUAUUGUUCGUUAACUCGUGUUUAGAGACACAAACUCAUUGUAUGCUAAACUUGCCAUUUGGAGAAAAACAUGAUCUGUGAACAGUUAAACCUACAUGUGAUAGAGUUUACUUGUGAACGAUCAAACAAUAGAGAUCACAUGUGAACAUUCAAACCUGUGACCAAUCAUAUAUGUAAGUGAUACAGAUAACUUGUGAAUCAACCCUGGAAUGGAGAUCUCCUUUGAACAAUCAUGCCUGUAAUAGAGAAAAACUUGAAACUGAGUCACCUGUGAAACAUUCAAACCUGUAAUAAAGAUCACCUGUGAUACUAAAGUACUUUAGUUUCAUCUACGUGCGGCUCAAACAACCGACCAUUUUGUGCCAUCUCAAACAUGCUGUUAUGCAUGGAUCAGUUACUUUUAAUGUCUAUUAACUGGACAUAACUUUAUUCAAAAAUAUAUUUUUGUCUCAGAUGCACUAGUUUCUGAUGUCCUA